UGGUGCUCCGCUGCCUCCCCCUGCCUGCCACCAGCUCUGCUCUCUCUCCUUCUGGAACUCCUCUCCUUUCUCUCUGUCUCCCCCUUUUUCCCUCCCUCUGCUCUUGCUGCUGAACCAUAGAUCUCUGUUGAUUUUUUUUUCCCCUUUCUCUGAGGUUGGGUUUGGAGUUAACUCCUCUCUGCCCAGCUUUCCUGCAGGCUCAGCUGCUCCUUGUUCCAGUGAGGAAGGGGUGGCAGAGAAAAAGCCCACUAUUCUCUGGUGGGAGAGAGAGAAUGGAGAGGAGAAGGGUCCCAUGGACCCUGGUGGCCACCCCUCAAUGCUGAAUGUUCAGGAUGUCUUAUCCAACACCUCCAGAGAACAAGAAUAUUCUGCCACAGCGAGCCUGGUCCCUGCCCUGUCCUUGGGAUAGGGCCCUAAACCCUCUGGAGCAUAAGCAAUUAAUUGCUAUUACUGGCUGUUAUUAAUUAUUGUUAAUAGCAUGGCUCUGAGCAGAUUGAGCCUCUCACGCAAUGUCUGACCUGGGGAAGGAGGAGAAUGCAGGUUUUGGUUUCCAUCCAGCCCAGAUCUGCACGCCACCAGUGCUGCCAGGGCACUGCAGGGUGAGGAGGGAGGACAAGCCAUCAAGGGAGGCUAUGUCCAGAGGUUCAGCUCUAUCACAGUUGCCUGGGACAGCAUGGGUGCUGGCUGAUGUGCCAAGAGAUGACAGUGACCCACACAGACCUCCUGCCCUGCUGCCAUGUCCACCCUGGUAACAGGACCUAUACCCUGAGGACUUCCAGGUAUGCUAAGACUGAGUGCAGCUAGGUGAUCCUUUCCCAGCAAGACUCAAAGGCCACCAGCUUCCCUUCGCUGGGAAGGUCCUGGAUGCCUCUUCCAGUUAUGGAGCAGGAUGCGGAGAAGGAGGUGCUGGCCCCUUCCCCUCCACAGCAGCCCUGAUAGCCCUCUGGGGUCAGUGGAACCCUGUGGCCUGACAGAAGGGAUCAUACAGCUUCUCGAUCCCACAUGCCUCUGUGGCAGAAGGGAGCAUGGUGUCCUCGCCAGCUCACUAUCAGCUGCUGUAACCAGGGAAAAGGGGAAGGCCGUGUCUUGGGACGUGGUGAUAACCCGGGGGAUGCGGCGGAGCACAAGCCUGUACCCUGCCACAGCACUGCUCACCAUGGAGGGACCACACCGCUGCUGCCUCCUCUUCCUCCUCCUCUGCCUGCUCCCACCACUGGGCAUUCCAAGCCCACCACUGCCUCUGGAGGAACCUCAGGAUCUGCCACUGACACUGUCCAGCACCGCUGACCCCACUGCCCACCUGCUGCGUGGCCGCCCCUCAGCCCCAGUGCGGCCCUACAGCCUCUCGCUGUCCCCUGAGGAUUACCACUACUCCCCCAAGCCCCGGCACCUGCGCCCUGGGCGGCUGCGCCGGCUCCUAGGCUCAGCCUUCGACCCCUUCUGGAUGGCGAUCGAGGAGCCCCGGGGUCGCAACAGCAGCAUCCUCGAGGAGAACCUGGAGUCCAUGAGCAGGGACCUGGCAGAGGGUGCUGGGCGCUACCGCCGCAAGCUGUGGCGAGAGGUGGAGGGACUGGAGCUGCCCAACCUGCUGCCCCCUGGCCCGGGGUUGCCCCCUGAGCUACCUGGGGCCCUGGCCCGCCACCUGCGGCAGUGGCUGGUGGAACUGGCUGCCUGCCGCCUCACCUCCACCUGGGUUGACCUGGGACCCGUCUUCUGGCCCCGCUGGGUGCGCCACACUGCUUGUGACACCAGACCCCCCGGCUGCUCCUGGCCCCCUGGCAUGAUCUGCCGCCCCACACAGCUCACUCGCAUCAAGCUGCUGGCCUGGCACUGCUGGGUCCCCCAGCACCCAGGCCCACCAAACUGCACCUGGCGGCAGAUCCCCUACCCUGUUGUGACUGCCUGCAAGUGUUCCUGCCGCUGAGGGGGCUGCAGGGGGCUAUGGAGGGACCCCAUGGUACCUGUUCUUGUAGCCAAAAGGUCUGAAAAGGCGAG